CUUCUCAGUUCCAUUAAACUCAUUUUUAUUUUGUUGAAUUCUCAUUUUCCAGCAGCUCUGUUAUUGUUACAUUCACAAUCAGUUUAAGCCUUUUUUCCAUUGAUAAUUCAUCUUUCAUAUUUCUCUUCCACUUUGUUCUUUGUUGAAGAAAAAUUGUUCUUGAUCCACAAAGUUGUUACAAUGCAACAAGAUUUUGUAUAUGAUCCACAAAUUUUUGGUUUUCGUGAUUACAUCUAUUGCAGUAAUUGCGAAGCUCGAAUUGCACAUGUCAAGGAUUACAUUCCUAAUGUGCACGACUUAGAUUAUGGAGGGUACUUUAAUAGAGUGUUUAAUGUUGUUGUACUAGACCAACCGAAAUUUUAUCAACAAGAAGAUGGAAAUAUCCUAACCAGACUCAAUACUUACUGUGACCAAUGUAAUGUGCUGCUCGGGUGGAGACUUAGGGACGCCACACUACGGUCCGAGUAUUUCAUAACAGGAAGGUUCUUUAUGAGAUUGGACAAGCUUAUGUACCAGAAUCGUGUAACGUUGCAUAAUUCUCUCUUUGGAGGUGAAAAGGGACAGGAUCAUGUUCAAGAUGGAGGCGCUAAUGAUCAACCCUUGCUGUAUUUUAAUGAGGAACAAGUUGGAGACGCUAAUGAAGAGGGUCCUAAUGAUGAAAAUGGAGGCGCUAAUGAGCAAAGUGCUGAUCAAGAUGGAGAUGCAACGAGCAGUUUCAUGAUCAAGCUGAAGGCGCUAGUGAACAGAAUCUUGAACAAGAUGCAUUCCCGUCAAUGAAACGAAUGAAGAUGUAGAUCAACAGGCUGACGGAAAUGCAGACAUUGAUAUAUAGCCUACUCAUGUUGAUCAAAAUGCAGAAAGAUACACACUUUACAAAAUGCUAAUUCAUAAUCGUGUGAUAUUCCUUUUUCUCUUUUUGAUUUUGGGAUUACAGUACAUAUUAUUACUUCAGGUUGGAACAAAGCAAUUAUCUGCUUUGUUUUUCUUUUAAUUUCUGGAAGCAAA